GGCGGCAGUUUGUCCGUUAAUUUCAGCCCACUCAUCAUAUGCCGCUCUCUUCCUCACACACUUCCCACACUCAGUGCGUGAACUUACAGCCAUGUCGUCGACCUGCACCCCUUCCUCAACCCACAGUCUCUGCCUCGAUCUCCCUUUAACUCCUAAAUUCGCUUCUCUACCCAAACCCUCCUUUUCCCCGCCCUCUAUUUCUUCGUCUUCUCUCUACAGUUCAUCUCCUCUUCUGCGUACAUCACAGUAUCGUCAUGCGAGCGCCCAUGGUGGUACGAAGACAAAGCCUACAAGAAAGGUACUGAAGGUUCUAAGCGCACAAAGUGGGCCAAUGAAAGUGAUGAUUUCAGGAGCCCCAGCUUCUGGGAAAGGAACUCAGUGUGAGAAGAUUGCUGAGAAGUUUGGAUUUGUACACAUUUCGACUGGCGAUAUUCUACGAGCUGAAGUAUCGGCUGGUACAGAAAUUGGGAACAAAGCAAAGGAGUACAUGGAUAAUGGUCGUUUGGUUCCAGAUGAAAUUGUCACAGCUAUGGUGACAGCCCGGUUGUCACUGAAAGAUGUAAAGGAGAAAGGAUGGCUUCUGGAUGGGUACCCAAGAAAUUCCGCCCAAGCCGAGAGUUUGGAAAAACUUAAUAUUAGGCCUGACAUUUACAUUAUUCUUGAUGUACCUGAUGAUAUCCUAAUUGACCGAUGUAUUGGGAGAAGAAAGGAUCCUGUAAGAGGAAAGAUCUAUCAUAUAAGGAACUUCCCACCAGAAAAUGAGGAAGUUAAAGCAAGGCUUGUUAUCCGUCCCGAUGACACAGAAGAAAAGGUGAAGUCACGCCUGGAAAUAUAUAAGCAAAAUGUAAAUUCUAUAUUAUCGACAUACUCAGAUGUGAUGAUUAAGAUUGAUGGAAACCGUUCUAAGGAAGUGGUUUUUCAAGAGAUAGAGACUCUGUUGUCUGGAUUACAGAAAGACAAAGAAGAAGAAUCAAAUUCAGGUAAAUUGGCAAGCCACAACACCCAGUCUGAUAAGUCAUCUCUGGAAAUGGAAAAUUGGAGAGGUAUACCAACGAGAUUGAACAACAUUCCUCACUCUAGAGAAAUCAGGAAAUAUUUUUAUGAUGAUGUGUUGUAUGCCACACAAAGUGCAGUGAGAGAUGGAAAAACUCGUUUAAAGGUGGAAAUCAGUAUACCGGAGCUCAACCCGGAAAUGGAUGUUUAUCGAAUAGGUACCUUAAUGGAGCUUGUCCGUAUUCUGGCCCUUUCCUUUGCUGAUGAUGGAAAACGUGUCAAGGUUUGUGUCCAAGGGUCCAUGGGAGAAGGUGCCCUAGCUGGUAUGCCACUGCAAUUGGCUGGAAGUCGGAAGAUUUUAGAGUUCAUGGAUUGGGGUGAUGAUGGUGCCAUGGGUACCUUUAUCAACAUUGGCUCAAUAGGUGGCAGUGAGGUUGAAGAGCAGGAUGAUAUGUUUAUCUUAGUGGCUCCACAAAAUGCAAUAGGAAAUUGUAUUAUUGAUGAUUUGAAGGCCAUGACUGAUGCUGCUGCUCAUCGUCCAGUCAUUCUUGUCAAUCCUAGGUUGAAGGAUGUACCAGGCUCAAGUGGUAUUAUGCAAACGAUGGGUCGAGAGAAGAGAUUAGAGUAUGCUGCUUCAUUUGGGAUUUGCUACUUCUUCCGAUUACUCUACUAUGCCGGGACCCAAUAUCCUAUCAUGGGUGCUCUCAGAAUGUGUUACCCAUACGAGUACGAGUUGUACAAGAGGGUGGAUGAGUCUCCAAAGAAAGAGAAAUAUGUUAUCUUGUCAAAAUUCGUGAAAAGACCAAGUGGCGAAGAAAUUAAUGAUGCAUUCGAAGGAAAAUCCAGAGAUCAAGCUAAAAGAGCAACGGGAAUAUGGGGCUUCUUGAGCAGCAUAUUUUGAGGGGAAAGGUUCUACUUUUUAGCUACUGAUAUACGAUAUCAUCAAGAAGAUUAAAUCACAAUGUCUAUUAUAAGAAUCUUCUUGUUCGGGUUUGAAGAAUGUUGCAGUGUGUUUGUAUAUAUGUAUACUAGGAGGUAUCUGCCCGUGCACAACACGACCACUAUUGAUUGUGGAGUUGAUUUUUUUUUUAGUUAUUCGUUUACUCCGCGUUGUUAUUCCCACAUCAGAUUUAGAAGUUGAGUUAAUAAGUAAAAAUAGAAUAAGUGCAUGUUCACAAUUCUUAAUAUCACAUGCAUAAUUAUACCUUAAAGUAAUAGAUUAGAACACCUUAAUAAGUUAAU